AUGAGCACUCCGCAGAAGCUUAUAGUACUCGCCUUAGUGGCGACAGCCCUUGCCGGUGAUGCCAAGGAGUCGAGCGCCAAAGCUGCCGUCGAGACGAAAGAAAAGAGCAAACGAGGACUGGAGCUGAGCCUUGGAGGCGGCGGUGGGUUACACAGUUACGGCGGCGGCCUUGGCGGUGGCCAUGGCGGAGGCCUUGGUCUCGGUGGAGGUCUCGGCGGAGGACUGGGUGGAGGAUUCGGUGGCGGCGGAGGCGGAGGCGGAGGCGGAGGUGACGGAGGCCGUAUAACCGGGAUCACUAUCCACAGAGAGAACCAAGUUCGCGUACCACAACCGUACACGGUCGAGAGAAACGUAGCCGUGCCAGUCCCAGUCCCGGUUAAAGUUCCCGUGGAACGGCCAUAUCCGGUACACAUACCGAAACCUUACCCGGUCCCAGUAGAGAAAGCAGUCCCGGUGCCAGUGGAGAAACCGGUGCCAGUGCCGUACACCGUGCCCGUCAAGGUGCCCGUCUCGGUGCCCUACCCGGUUAGCGUGCCAGUAAAGAUUCCAGUGGCGAUCGAGAAGGAGGUUCCGUAUCCGGUCAGUGUUCCCGUCGUCGUUAAGGAGUCCUAUCCUGUUCUGGUUAGCGGUGGUCAUGGCGGCGGCGGCGGCGGCGGUGGUUUCGGAGGUGGUUACGGAGGUGGUUACGGAGGUGGUUACGGAGGUGGUUCCGGAGGUGGCUUUGGCGGACACGAAUUGUCCGGUGGCAUUGGCUUGCAUCAUUGA